ACUGACUUUAGUUGACUUUAGUUUAGUGAUUUGUACCAAUAUGAACGUAGUUGUGACAGGAGCUGCGGGGUUUUUAGGCUCACGGGUCGCAGAUUAUUUGCUGUCGGAAAAAUCACCAAUAAAAGUUGCCAAACUUGUUCUUAUAGACAGCAUAACACCACAAACCAGGGAUGAUAAACCCGUGUCAACUUUUGCUCUGGACUUGACUGACCCUGCUGCAGCGGAAAAAGUUAUCACUCCAGAAACAAAUAUAGUAUUCCAUUUAGCUGCUGUUGUUACCGGUCAUGCUGAAGAGGAUUUUGAUUAUGGCCUGAAAGUAAACUUUGAUGUUACUCGAGUGCUAGUUGAAAGAGCUAGACAUGUAUCUCCAAAGAUUCGUUUCAUUUUUACCAGCUCUUUGGGAGUUUAUGGUGGUGACAUGCCGGAAGUUUUAGACGAUAGGACAGCAACGACUCCGCAGAAUUCCUAUGGAGCUGCGAAGGCUAUGAGUGAAUUGUUAUUGAACGAUUAUGGCAGAAGAGGUUUCGUUGAUACUAGGGUUGUGAGAUUGCCAACAGUAAGUGUGCGGGCUGGUGCACCGAAUCGAGCAGUUACGUCUUUUGUAAGUGGCAUAAUACGCGAGCCUCUCAAUGGCCAAGAAGCGAUUUGCCCAGUGGACGAGAACUUAGAAAGUUGGAUUACAAGUCCAUACGCAGUUGUACGAAACAUUGUUCAUGGAGGAGCUCUGCCAAAUGAUGUCUUGGAGACUUGGCGAGUUGUAAACUUACCGGGAAUUUGCGUUUCUGUGCGUGAUAUGUUGAUAGCACUGCGGAAAAUUGCCGGUGAUGAUGUAGCUAAUCUGGUGCGAUUCGAACGUGAUGAUUUCAUUAAUAAUAUAGUUAGCAGUUUGCCUACAAGGUUUGACAACGCACGGGCUCUUAAGAUGGGCUUCGAAGUUGAUGAAAGUAUUGAAUCUAUUAUACGGAUGUAUAUUAAAAAUGAAUUACCACGUACGUAUUCAAGAUAAUAUAUAAAUUAUUCUAGUAAUGUAUAACUCUUACUAAUUUUGCUGGAGUUGAUAUAUUAAAAAGAGUUUAUCAAA